AUGUCUACCGUCACAUUUGAGAACAUCUUUCAUGGCGAUGGUCCUGACAUAGGCAAACUCCGGUUCAAUGCAGCAGGUUUUGGAUGGAAAACAUAUGUCAGCGAAGAUGCACCUAUAACCUAUACAGGGCAUGAUGUUCGACAUGCAACAUGGUUCAGGGUGGCAAGGAAUUUUCAACUCAGAUUAGCUAUGCGUCAAGCGGAAAAACCUAGAAUCACAUUUGAUGGGUUCAAGAGAGAAGAUCAUGAUAAAGUGAAAAGAACGCUUGAUGAAUAUUUCAACAUCAAGCUUGAAACUAGGGAUUCAAGUUUGAAAGGUUGGAAUUGGGGUAAAGCUCAAGUUCAAGGCAAUGAUAUUACUUUCCAGGUCCAAGGCAAGACUACAUUCGAGAUCCCUCUAUCUGUGGUAGCAAAUUCUAACAUCGCAGGUAAAAAUGAAGUUGCAUUAGAGUUCAACCCUCCUCCUCCAAUCCCACACGACCCAAAAGACCUCGCUAAACGAGUCCCCGAUGAAUUGGUAGAAAUGAGAUUUUACGUACCUGGGAAAAGCAUGAAAUCUAAAGGCAGUGAUGCAGGUAGUGAUGGGGAAGAAACAGAUUUGGAUGAAGAUGGAAAUGAAGUCAGUGCAGCAGAAGCGUUCCACAAUACGAUCAAAGACAAAGCAGAUAUCGGAGCAGUCGUUGGGGAUAGUAUCGUUGUUUUCGAAGAUAUAUUGGUUCUUACACCUAGAGGACGAUUCUCGCUAGAGUUCUAUCCUGACUCCCUUCGACUUCUCGGUAAAUCAACGGAUUAUCGAGUACCAUUUACCUCCUUACAUCGCAUAUUCCUCCUUCCCAAACUCGAUGACCUUCAUAUCCAACUUGUGCUGGGUCUUGAUCCCCCCAUCAGACAAGGUGCAACUCGAUAUCCCUUCUUGGUAGCACAAUGGCCUAAAGAUGAAGAGGUGGAUGCAGAGCUGAAUCUGAACGACGAGGAGCUCGCUAAGUACCCCGAUCUGCAACGAAAAUACGAAGCACCCACUUUCCAUGUCAUCUCACGAGUACUCAAAUCCCUCACAGGAAAGAAAGUGACACCACCCGGAAGCUUCCGAAAUGCGCAGGGAUUGAAUGGUAUAAAAGCAAACGUCAAAGCUGUUCAAGGAGAAUUGUAUUUCCUGGAAAAAGGUCUUAUCUUUAUUGCGAAACAACCUAUACUUAUUGACUUUUCCAAGACGGAGAGUAUUUCGUUCUCUCGUGUCGGAGGCGGUAUCGCAUCGGCACGAACAUUUGAUAUGAGAGUCGUCUCGAAGACUGAAGUGGCGGAUCACGUUUUCACAGCUAUAAGUAAAGAGGAAGUUGGACCAAUAAGUGCUUUCCUGAAGUUGAAGAAUGUUCGACUGAAGAACGAGAUGGAAGAGACCGUGAUGGAGAUUGAUGAGCCGUUAAGCGACGAAGAUGAGGAUAUGGAGAGCAUCGCAUCAGAAGAAGAAGACAGGAAGAAGAGCAAGAAGGAUAAGGGAAAGAAGAGUCAACCUGCUAUGGAUGAGGAUGAUGAAUCGGACGACGAGGAUUUCCAAUCAGAAUCAUCGGAUGGAGGAUCACCUUCCGAAUCAGACUCAGAUGCAGAAGACGAUGGCAUGGCAUCCGAUGCUAGUGAUCCAUUCAUGGAGGAAUUGAAAAAGAAACAAGCCAAGCGAGCCAAGAAAGAUACAGGUAGUGGAAGUGACGCCGAAAAGCCCAAAGCUAAAAAGGCUAAGAAGGCAGAGUAA